AUGGCGGGGAUCGUGAGCUGGGUCUCUGAGAGACUGCACGAGAUUUUAGGUCUCUCUGACCGCCAGAUUGCCGAAUUUAUGAUCGAGCUGGCCAGGAAGUCCAAGAGCAGUAGGGACUUGACCAAAAAGUUGCAGAAAUCGGGCACGAUCGAAGUGAAUUCUGAUGUUGAAGGUUUUGCUGCGGAGCUUUGGAGCAGAUGUGUUGAGGGUACUUCAGGUAAACAAUCAGCAGAACGAAGUGGGAAGCAAGUAACUGUGGACGAAAAAUCGCGUGCAACGAAAGCCUCCCGUAAUAUUCGUUCACAGAGGGCUACAGAAGAAUGGGAAAGUGACGAGGAAGAUGUUAGACCACCUUCUGGUGCUGAUGAUUCCGAUUCUGACGAGUGGGAAAGGGUCGAAAGGGAGAGAAGAGAAGACUUGGCCGAGAGAGAUGCUUUCUCUGAGAGGGUUCGUAUGAAGGACAAGGAGAAAACACGACACAUCGUGGAAAGAUCCGACAAGAAGUCUAGACAACAAAACGAGAAGUGAAAAGAGCCGUGGACAUGAUUCAACACUAGGUGUGUAGACCACUGAAUGUCGUCACAAAACCUGUCUGAAUACGUUGGAAUGGCUGCAGUAAAAGUCUUGCCGCCCCCAACCAACUCCAUGACACAUCACGAGAUGCUC